AUGAUGAGUUCAAUGUUCCAAGCGCAGCGACAGCUUUCGUCGCUAUCGCGCAUCGCUAUUAUAGCAUUGAUGAUAGUAUCCAGCAUCACCAUCAUCCUAAACCUGACUGAAGUGCCUUUCCCUGUCCUUCCAAAAAUCACCCUCCACUACGCCAAUCAAUCCCUAUACAGCGAGUCCAAAGUCGCCCUCCUCAUCGAAAACAGACCGCAACCCAUCAUCACCCCUUUGCUUCUCAAGUUCAUGUACCAAAUGCCGCCAGACUGGAAGUUUCGCUUUAUGGGCUCCAAUGAAUCAGUAGCCUACGUGAACUCCUCCGCCUCAAUGCGCGAACACGUCAAGUCUGGGAAACUGGACUUGACUUAUAUACCCACAAAUAUGAGCACUGCCGGGCAAGAAAUGAUCUCUCGUUUCUUGACGAAUUUAUGGCUGUACGAUACUGUACUGCAGCCGGCGGAGAUGCUACUCGUCUUUCAGACUGACUCGAUACUCUGCGCGAAUAAUAAACGGACUGUUGAUGAUUUUCUUGGAUAUGACUAUGUCGGGGCGCCUUGGGAUGUAGGGGGACGCUAUGGUGGUAAUGGCGGACUGUCGAUCCGUCGGGUAAGCAGUAUCGUCAGCAUUCUACAGAACCAACAGCGCGCCGACAACAGCGACCCCGAGGAUGUCUGGCUUUCAACACGCCUUGGCCAUCACGUGGACGGUAGAGUCGCAAAUGGCUCUGUGUCUCAGCUCUUCUCAGGCGAGAUGAACGGCGGGCCCGGGGAAAUAGUACCUGAGCCAAAAUGCGACGGUGACUAUGAUGCUGAAGAGUGCGCCCAUGUGAACAUGAUGAAGCAGAUGGAACAGCCUGGAAGACCAGGACAGUGGGUGAAAGGUAUAGAUGAUUGGCGAGAUGGGCUUUAUGAGCCUAUGGGGUAUCAUAUUGGUGGAGCGGGAUUUAUGCAUGGUGGUGUAUGGGGAUCGAAAAAGAAACAGCAGCAUAUUUAUAAUUACUGUCCUGAGUCCAAGAUGGUGCUGAAGAUGGAUUGGGCACCGUUUGUACCAGGGGAUUGUGGGAAGGAUUGGUAG